AUGCUGCCUGACAUAGACGCUCUCGAGGCGUCGUUGCUGAAUACGUCAGGCACUGUCAAGCUUGAUGUGCGCUUCCGUACUUUAUUCACCCUCAAGGGAAUUGCGGCGCUGUCAGAGGAGAAGCGCCUGCGUGUGAUUGAUAUCAUUUCUAGGGCGCUGAAUGACGACUCAGCGCUGUUGAAGCACGAGCUUGCCUACGUGUUGGGUCAGAUCAAGGAUACGCGCGCGCUUCCGCGCCUGGAACAAGUACUCUCCGAUGAAAAGGAACACGCGAUGGUGCGUCAUGAGGCUGCUGAGGCUAUGGGUGCGAUUUCCUCGCCGAGCGUUCUGCCAGUGCUACAAAAAUACCUGCACGAUAACGACGCAUCGAUCCGAGAGACGUGCCAUUUGGCUAUUCACAAAAUUGAGCUUGACAAUUCUGAAGCUGGUCGGCGCGAGCAGGCACUCAAGGAACUGCGCGAGAAGGAGCAUGGCGAUGCACUCAGUGCGGCUCGUGCAGCAACAGCGCCCAUUGAUCCGGCGCCUGCUACAGUGAUGGUUGCUGGCACAAAGGACACAGACCAAAAUGUGUACACUCUGGAAAAUGUUCCCAAGUUCCGCGAGGCACUGUUGGACCGCUCGCUAAGUCUCUUUGAGCGUUACCGCGCAAUGUUUGCGCUUCGAAAUACGGUACAGCAGGGUGGCGAAGCUGCACAAGGUCCAGCUGUACAGGCGCUCAUCGAGGCAUUGUGUGAUGACAGUGCUCUGUUCAAGCAUGAAAUAUGUUUUGUAUUUGGUGAACUGUGCCACCCAGCGUCCAUCCAGGCUAUGGCUCGCGUACUCAAUGAUGACCGCGAGCACGAAAUGGUGCGUCACGAGGCAGCCGAAGCACUCGGUGCUAUUCUCGAAGAGGGCUGUGAGCCGAAUGAAUCGGAGUCGGAUAAGGUGAUUCAGAUCCUCCGGCGCUUUGCGAACGAUGCAUCGGCACCGCGCGUUGUGCGGGAAAGUUGCAUCGUGGCGUUGGAUGAGAUCGCCUACAACCAAGACCCCACGCAAUUUCAACGUGUGGAGUAA